GUGGUAUCUACCCGGGGGGGGGGGGUGUUGUAGACCAGAACCAGAGGAGCGGGAUCCCGGCGACAGGCUGUCCGAAGACCCAACACCGGCUGCGGCUGCACCAUGAUCCGGGGACCGCUGCGAGCGACGGCCGGCCUGUGGCGCUGCGCGCGGGGGUUCAGGACGUUCCCCUCUGCUGCUGUUGAUGUGAAAAAUGAGCCAAUCCUCAGUUUCAAAGACGGAAGUUCAGAGAGACGAGAACUGAUCCAGGCGUUGGACCGUCUGAAGGGACAGACUGAAGACAUUCCCUGUGUGGUCGGAGACGAACAUGUGUGGACGUCAGACAUCAGAUACCAGCUGUGUCCGUUCAAUCACUCGCACAAGGUGGCCAAGUUCUGCUACGCGGACCAGGAGCUGAUCAACAGAGCCAUCCUGGCGUCCGUGGCGGCGAGGAGGGACUGGGACUUGACCCCGGUGGAGGACCGAGCUCAGAUCCUCUUCAAGGCCGCCGACGUGAUCAGUGGACCGAAGAGAGCCGAGAUCCUGGCCAAGACCAUGCUGGGCCAGGGAAAGACGGUGGUCCAGGCGGAGAUAGACGCCGCCGCCGAGCUCAUUGACUUCUUCAGAUUCAACGCCAAACACGCCGUGGAGCUGCAGCAGCAGCAGCCGCUGGACGCCGAGGGCAGCACCAACACCAUGCUGUACCGCGGCCUGGAGGGCUUCGUUGCCGCAGUGGCUCCCUUCAACUUCACCGCCAUCGGAGGGAACCUGGCCGGAACGCCAGCUCUGAUGGGGAAUGUGGUUCUGUGGAAACCCAGCGACGCCGCCAUGUCCGCCAGCUACGCGGUCUACAGAGUCCUGCGGGACUGCGGUCUGCCCCCCAACAUCAUCCAGUUCCUGCCUGCAGACGGACCCGCCUUCGGGGACACCGUCACGUCCUCCGAGCACCUGGCGGCCAUCAACUUCACCGGCAGCGUGCCGACUUUCAAGCGUCUGUGGAAGCAGGUGGCUGAGAACCUGGACUCGUACCGGACGUUCCCCCGACUGGCAGGAGAGUGCGGGGGGAAGAACUUCCACUUCGUCCACUCUUCCGCCGACGUCCGGAGCGUCGUCAACGGAACCGUCCGCUCAGCCUUCGAGUACGGAGGACAGAAAUGCUCCGCCUGCUCCCGCAUGUACGUCCCCCACAGCCUCUGGCCCCAGGUCAAAGGUCAGCUGCUGCACAUCCACAGCCAGCUGCGAGUGGGAGACCCCGUCGACGACUUCAGCACCUUCUUCUCUGCGGUCAUCGAUGACAAGUCCUUCUCCCGGAUCAGAGGCUGGUUGGACCAUGCCCGCUCGUCCCCGUCCCUCAGUGUCCUCGCCGGUGGGGGCUGUGACGACAGCAGAGGAUACUUCGUGGAGCCGACCAUUGUCCAGACCACCGACCCCCACGACCCCAUCAUGAGCCAGGAGAUCUUCGGUCCUCUCCUCAGUGUUUAUGUUUAUCCGGACGACGACUACAAGAAGGUUCUGGAGCUGAUCGACCAGACGUCUCCCUACGCCCUGACGGGGGCGGUGUUCGCCCAGGACCCGUCGGUGAUUGAAGAAGCUGCUCGAGUUUUGAGGAACGCAGCAGGAAACUAUUAUGUGAACGAUAAAUCUACUGGAUCCAUCGUGGCUCAGCAGCCGUUCGGAGGAGCCCGAGCUUCAGGCACCAACGACAAACCCGGCGGUCCUCACUAUGUCCUCCGAUGGACGUCUCCUCAGGUGGUCAAGCGGACCAGUGUCCCCCUCACAGAGUGGACGUACCCCUACAUGGGCUGAGAACCCGGAUGUCCUGCAUCCGUCCUCUGUUCAUGUGUCCUUCUUUCUCUGUCUGUAUUUUGUCUUCUGUCUUUCAUCGUCCAUUGGUCCUCCAUUUUCCAUCUGUCCUCUGUCCAGCUGUCCUUGCUGUCCUGUGUCCAUUUGUCCCUCCCUGUCCCUGUCUUGGAAUCUUCCCUCCGUCCUGCAGUUGCACUGAUUGGCAGUCUGGUCUGAGGCGGGAGACGAGGGACGGUGGAUUUCUCUGUGUGCGAUUGGUCAGGCCUGAAUGUGAUGCGUCUGCUGAUGAUUUUAACCAGAUUCAAUAAAAACACUGAUCAGUU